AGCUAAUCAAUUGUGUCCAGUUCAUCACACCAAGAGCCUUCAUCAUGACGACCUACGUGCCCGCCCUCACCUUGCCAGAUGCUGUCUUCCUCAAACCCGCUGUGUCCGUUUUGUUGCCCAUCGGCCUUGGCACAGCUGUCGGACUGAGCGCCACUCAGACUCAAAAGACGUACCUCUCAUUGAAGAAGCCCUCUGUGUAUCCUCCUCCAUGGCUGUUCGGCCCCGUCUGGACCGUCCUUUAUGGUGUCAUGGGCUACGCCGCGUAUCGAGCUGCCAACAUUGGACUCUCUCCAUUUUCCUCCCCUGAUACCAUCCGUACCGCUCGACAUGCCAUGACUCUCUACAGCGUCCAACUCGGCCUCAACCUCCUCUGGACCCCUCUUUUCUUUGGCCUCCACCGUCCCAUUGAGGCAUCGGUCGAUAUUAUCACCCUCGUUGGAGUCAAUGGCUACUUGACAUACCUCUACAGCUCCAUUGACUCGGUUGCGGCUUGGUGCCAGGUCCCAUACCUCGGCUGGCUGAGCUUUGCCACCUACCUUUGCACUAGCAUUGGAUACCUGAACAACUGGGAUCUGUCGGGCAAGGAAGUGCCCAAGAAGGAGUAGGAGAAUACUCGAAUGGAUCCAUGUUGUGUAUGCUCAAGUAAACUUUUUGGCCUGAUGCAUAUUCUGCACCCCAUAUCCACGUCAAUCCCCCUCUAAUCGUCUAUAUACCAAAAUCUCAUAUUCAAUAUCCCCUCUUAGUUUUUGGAAAUAAUGUAUACCUUCAGCUCUUGCC